GCUUCCCAAUCUGACUCGUAAGUCGUAACUGACAAUCAACAGGAUAAACCUUCCAAAUUCCAAUCUUUCCACCUAACCUCAUAACUACAAUUAUUACAUAAACCCAACCAAUUCCACUAAAAAAAGCCAACAAGGAAUCGAAAACUUCCAGAGAAUCCAAAACUUUGAACACAGUAGGAAGCUGAACACCCAUCCAAACAAACAAAAUGCGCCAAAUCUGAUUCGAGCAUUAGAAAAUUUUAACCACACUGUUCGAAAACAACAAAUGGCGAAGAAGAGCGAUGGUCUGCCCCUGGAACUCAUAAUUGAAAUCCUGCUGAGGUUGCCGGUGAAGACUCUAUUACGAUGCAAAUGCGUCUGUAAGUCAUGGCUCUCUCUUAUUUCCGAUCCCAAAUUUGCAACUUCACAUUUUCAACUUGCUGCCUCACCCACAACACAUGGCCUUGUCUUUUUAAAAACAUAUUCUCCCAAUGAUCCUAAAGCCCUAAUUGUUGAUUUUGAUGCAUCGCUUACCGAUGAUUCAUCAUACGCUCCACUAACCCAUCAUUUUCGGCCUCCUCGUAUUUGUCCUGGAACUGAAAUUAGAGGUUCCUGUAGAGGCUUUAUAUUUUUGCACACUUACUCAGACUUUUAUCUAUGGAAUCCAUCCACUGGUGUCCACAAAAAAAUACCGGCCUCCAAACUCCGUCUUUACAAUCAUCUAUACGGUUUUGUUUACGAUCAUUCAACUGAUGAUUACUUGAUAGUUUUGCUGUCUUGUAAAGCUGCUCCUUAUACUAACUUGGAGAUUUUCUCAUUGAGAGCUAAUAAGUGGAAACAGAUUGAGGUUGAUUCUCAUUUUACUUAUCUUAUUACGACCACAUAUGACGAUGUUGGGUUGUUCUUGAAUGAUGCUAUUCAUUGGGUGGUUUUUAAUUUUGAGAUAAGAGAGGUUAUUAUUGCCUUUGAUAUUAAGGAAAGGAAAAUGUCAGAGAUAGCUCUGCCAUAUGAUGAUGGUGCUUCAAAUGAUGAUGGUCCUGACAACUACGGUUUGUCAGUACUUGGUGGGCUCAUCUGUGCAUCGAUUGUGGGGAAGCGUACGGUUAAGAUAUAUGUGAUGCAAAAUUAUGCUGUGCAUUCAUCUUGGACUAAGAUUCUUGAAUUUUCUGUCGAUCCUGUUAUGCUCCAUUCUUUGUCCAUAAGGUUCAUUACAAAAUCUGGUGAUAUGAUUGGAACAGACGGUAGAGGUAGAUUGAUGAAGUUUAAUGACAAAGGACAGCUGCUAGAGCAUCACUCCUGUGGUAAGGGAAUCGACACAGAGAGAUUCAUAAGAUCCCAAAUGGUUGUGUAUACAGACUCUCUGCUUUCACUCCCUUGUGGCGCUGAGGAGGCUUAAGAAUAUGAGUAGUGAUAACAAAUAAGAAGAACUGAUUGGGAAAUGUUAGCAUUUAUGCUUUUCUUUAUAUUUAUCUUGCACUCUGAACUCUAGGUAUCAUGAAGGAUGAUAAUGUUUUCUCUUUUGCAGUAUUUUAUAUGUUUUCUUUAUGUAAACAUUACUACAUUAGCAAUUUGUUUC